AUGGCGGAUCAAGAAGCUCCUGGUUGGCGGGAAAAGGCUGGGGCUUUCAUCUCCUCUUCCUCUUUCAAGCUGAAAGCAGCGGGAUCAGCCGUCGCAGGCGCUGCCGGCGAAGCAGGAUCCAAGGUGAAAACCUCAUGGCAGCAGAACGUGCAGCCGAAAGUCGCAGAGGCGGCGACUCGCGCAGCCGUCGCAGCAGAGGGAGCGAAAACGCGAAUGCACACCACGUGGGAGUCGACCAAGGAGAGCUGGAACACGAAAGUGCUUCCGAGAAUGGAGGCCGGGCUGGAAACGACGGCUCGCGUGGCGGCUGACACGGGGUCGAUGCUGAAGCAGGGGCUGAUGGAGACGACGGAGAAAGUCAAGGCCAGUCGCGUCGGUCAACAGCUCACUGAGCUGACGGCGAAUGGCAUGGAGAGAAGCAAGGGGCUCCUCCAGAAGGUGGACUGGCGGAGGGGCCGGCCAGGAGCUCCAGUGUUCGGCACGCCCCUGGAGGCAUUUGCGAGCAGGCAGAGGGGCACAGUUGUGCCCUUCGUGGUCAUCCAGUGCUGCAACUUCAUCCUGCAGAAUGGCUUGGUUACGGAGUACUUAUUCGAGUCGGAGAACGAUUCGCGGGUGGUCAAAGGACUCAUGCACAUGUUCGAUACUGACCCCAAUGCGGACAUCCCGCCAGACACCAGUCCGCUAGACGUGGGGCAGCUGCUGCUGGUGUACCUCAAGUGCCUCCCUGAGCCCCUCAUGACCUUCGCCCUCUUCCCCGGGGUUGCCACGGUCGGCAGCAGCGACGUCACGCAGCUCAGGCGACUGCUGCACACGCUGCCGCAUGUGAAUCUUGAGACGCUGCAUGCUGUGCUGUGCCUGCUGUACCGAGUUAGCUUGCACGCUGAUGUGAACAAGAUGGACGCCCAAAGCCUAGCAGCCGAAUUCGCCCCUGUCCUGCUCUGGCCACGACCAGAGGGCAGUGCUGCUUCUGCUGCUGCUGGUGGUGGUUCUGGUGGUGGUGGUGGAGGCGGUGGUGCUGCUGGUGGUGGUGGGGAUGCUAUGGCGAGUCCGGCUAUGAGGAGGGCACAGAGUGAGAAGGGAAUGAGGGUGGGGGAUGGAGUGAGUGCUGCUGCCGCUGCUGCUGAUGGGCCUGCAGUCGUGGAGGCGAAUGGAGAAUCCUCUGUUCCUGGUGAGCUGGAUCAUUCUCCUGAUGUGACUUAUCCACUGCUUACGCUUUGGUUGAUAUGA